CCUGAGAGGCUGUCUGCUAUUGACAUAUCCGGGACUGUUAUUCCACAGUCUGAGUUGGACAGACGUUCAUCCGGUGAGAUGUACGGGUAUCAUGUGAAUUGGGUACCCGGUGUCGUUCAUCCUGGCAUCUUUGAAAACAAAGUGACGAUGGCAGCCAGACUGCGUUUAAGCGAGUGGGUACCUAUGGGUUGGAUGCCUUCAGGUGUUGUUGAGCAUUGGCAUUUCAUGGUUGUUCUGGCUCGUGUGUCGUUAUGCAAUGCAAGGGUGGAAAACAAAGCGUUAUUAUGCGAACAUGCAAAGCUGUGUUGGGAUACAUUGAAGGAAGAUGACCGUCAUAUGGUGUUGUGUGGACAUGACGGACGUGAGGAUGAGAACAUGUGGUCAAUGCACGGUGCUGGUGUGGGCACAAACCCUUCAAAUGAUUUUCCUCAUAACCGUCUGAGCCUCCUUCGCCGCAGAUACGGGUGGACAACACUUCUUGGAUGGGUACCCAUUGUAUGUCCCAUGCAUUAUGCCAGCGGGGCAGACCUGUGCAUGAUCUUCAGAAACCCUCUAGGUGUUUCAUUUUUUGUGACGUACUCUGAUGGUUUGCUGCGGCACAUUCAGUACAUGUCAGUGGGGGAUAUGGCAGGGAAUGAUUAUAAUGCGAUCAUUCGAGAACCUGAGUUUGAAGAGACAGCACAACUGACAUGCGAGGUAAACGGACCACCUCAAGACACGGGUGUGGGAUGUGAUCUUGACAAACCAGCUGCAAACACCAGUACGGGAUGUGGUGUUGUAGACAAGAGCACCCCAGCAUGUGGCACGAUGCGCAGCGAUGGUAGCAGGAGGAUGGGGCAAGGAACGAAGCGGAAGGCGACAACCAGAAGAGAGUAUGAGGGGACAACGACGGUUGCAGAGAGAGGGGGCGGAGGAAAUGGAAGUGGGGGGGGGGGAGCAAUAGCUGGAGGAAGAGGGAGAGGAAGGGGGAGGGGGCAGGGUGGAACAACAAUGGAUGGGGAGACAAAACGAAAAAUUGGUGGAAGGCAAGAGGCGCUGAGGCGGAAUCGCCAACCUGGACAGGCAUCUGUGGCAGAAAUGCGCCGCCUGCAACGCAACAUAGACCUUUGCAUCGCUUACAGACCAUUUGUAAGGCUUGUGCGCGAGAUUGUGAACAAAGAAGAGGUUGCAUCAAAUCCAAUGCGGUUCGGGAUGCUUGCAGUUCGAGCACUUCUGGAGGCAGCUGAAGCUUAUCUUGUGCAUCUCAUGGAAAACACGAAUGAGGUUGCAAUCCAUUCGAAGCGGGUCAGGAUCUUGACGAAGGACAUGAGGCUCGUUGACGCAUUGCAAAAACCACUUGUGGAAUGGAUGUGCAACGACGGAGACAUCAACAUGAGUAAAAGAGAGGGAGGCGGUUUGUACGACAGAUCGGCGUUCAAGAAGUUUGUCAGAUCUCAGGCGAAGGAAGCUGAAAUGUUGAAGGUAGAAGGCGAUGACGAAUUGAAGCCCAAUGCAGCGGAGAUAUUGACACUGAGCAAGAUAAACGCUCUGCCUCAAAUAGAUCCUAUUGACUACCAUGAUCUAACAACAAUGGUGGUGGACGGUGUCGAGUAUGUCCUGAUCGACCAGAUUGUCGACUUUAUGAAGAGUGGAGGCGAUUACAAAAAUCUCAUUCACGAGGCAUUGCAUGACGUGACAGAGGAGGCAAUAGCAGCAGCAGAGGUUGUCAAUGUUGAGUGCGCAAAGGAUCACCCACUCGACCUUGUCUCGGGGACUCUAGUAUGUCAGGGGAACACAUUCGAAGUAUUGGAGGAGCUCACUGCGGCAUCGACGGAUGUGGACAGGAGGAGGAAAAUAAUGCAAUGAUGGCAAAUGGUUGUUGCAGAAGAGGACACCUCAACGACGCAUAUGAGAGAUACGACAGUGCAGAGUACAGGUGUCGUGGUAUCUCUAGCGGCAAUGAAGACGGCGUUGACGA